AUGGCGCACGUCAUCAGUAAAACGAACAUCACCACCUCCUCCUCCACCGUCACCGUCGUGGACCACCACCGCCGCUCUCUCGUGCCCCAGGCCUGGGAGAAGUCGGUCCGCAAGAUCGGGCUGGCCGAGUGCGAGCAGGCGGGCAUCUCCCUCGCCCACGCCUUCGCCGCCGACGCCCUGAGCCUGUACCUGCUCGACGGCGGCGAGGCGGACCGCUACUCGGACGAGGCCAAGUGGAAGCUUCACGUGCGCAUCAUGACCUAUCUUGUCUCGGCCCAUUGCUACAGCGGCGUCGUCACGACCAUUGGCCCGGACUAUGACGCAGUGGCCUUGUGGAUGCCCCCUGGGGCGCACAUGGACGACUGGUGGACCAUCUUCCGAAGCGGCAUGUGGCGCCUCUACUACCAGCUCGGUUCAGAGGGCCGCAAGCGCUACUACGAAGAUGUCUUGCCUCUCCUGCACGAGACCAUGGACGAGGUCAUGGGAGAUCGCGAGUACUACUAUCUUGCGUACAUUGGCACCAAGCCCAGCGCUCGAGGCAAGGGCUAUGCGAAGAAGCUCAUCAUGGACAUGGCUGCGAAGGCUGAUGCCGAGAACCGCGCCAUGUACCUCGAGUCCAGCUCUCGCGAAAACAUCACCUACUACGAGCGCUUCGGCUUCCAGUACCGCAAGGAAAUCUCCUUCAAGCGCGGCCCGGUGCCUGUUCCACUCUUCAUCAUGGUGCGCGAGCCCGUCGCCGUCAAGGCGGCCGAGGAAGCCGUGCCGACAAUGGACCAGAUUGAGAUUGUCAAGGUGUAAGUCGCUAGACUCGUUGACAAGCCUUAAGCGGCGAUAUGUCGUGUAAGUCUAUGUUGAAUACUUGGAUGAUGAAGUGAGCUACAAUCCUGAUUUGUGCUUGGCUUGCUUCUUCACCCCCCCUUUUCGUUCUGACUCUCCUUCGAUCAACCUUUUCGAGAUGCAUGUUGCAGGGAAUCAACUGUUUCCUUGCGUUCUGAACGUUUUGCAGGAUGAUGUUUUUGCCUGGUUGUUUCUGCUAUAUCUUUUUGCUGAUUUCAAGUUCGUACGCUCAUUAUAUUUUUCUUGCUGCUGCUGCUGCUUUGCUUUUUGCAACUGCAUGGAAGGCCUUGUUCUCACAGUGGCCAAAUCCAGUCUCUACCGUACAAUACAUAUAUCAUGAACAGAAAAUGCAGUGUGCUAGUGUCUCCU